AUGAACCCCGGCGACAGCCGUGGUAUUCACCCAGAGGAACUGUUCUUGAACAACUCCUCUAGGCCUACCGGUACUUCUCCAGUCGAACCUUUGCGAAUUAACAAGAGAUCAUCGAGCUCUCCUGAUUCAAACUCAAGUCCAACAAACGCUCGUUUGCCUUAUCCUGAUGACCGGCCUCGUCCUCAAAUGCGCAGCUCUGGUCCCAACGAUGAACGUCCCGCUGACACCCACAGAUAUGGGUCUCCACCGGCUGGCCCCAGUGCUGUGAGCCCCGCCGAGUAUCCUUCAGCCCUAAGGCCGCGGGAGGGUCGCGAGCCUCGAGUCGCUACGUUGGCAGAGCGCCGUGGUGCUGCACCCAAGCCCCUACCAGAGUCUCCCGCAGAUGCACCGGACCUCGCCGCCAGGCCGUGGCCUCGUCCUACGAUACCUCCGACGGGACAGGGAAAUCCAGAUGCGCAAUAUCAAUAUCGCCAACAAUACUAUCCGCCUCCUCAGGGUUCGACUCCAAGACCCGCGGCCAAUCUUCAAGUUCCACAGUCUUCUUCUGGUGGUAUCAAUCGCAUCAGCUCAACUGCUUCUACUUCUACUACCCGUGCUCAGCGCGGAUCUCCCCCACCACCGGAAACCCCUAUCGCGGGACCUGGUCAGCAACCUGGUUCUGAUAUCGAGGCUCGUUAUGCCGCGGCGGGUAUCGCUGGCACGGGUACUCUUACUAGUCUUCAGGCAACCAGUCUGGCGGCGCAGAGACGCGCAGAACCGUACUCUGGACAGCAACCGACCUAUCAGCAAGGCUCGGUGCCACGGCCAUGGACACCGACUGAACUUCCAGGGACCCAACCACAUGGUCCCCCCACCGUGUAUCAGGGUGCGGAAGAAGUCGUAACGGCAGAUCAACAGGCGCCGGCUCAUCCGCUUCAAUAUAGCAGCCCUCCACCGCAACAUCUGGCCCAACCCCAGUUGCAGCCACAGCAAGCUCAGCAGGACAUAUCUCUGCAGCAUCAUGCAUCUAGACCCCCAAGUAAUACACUGGAACAUGACAUGGAUCGGAUGCGCCUCGCCGAUGAACCUCCUCCGGCCUAUUCAAGUGUCUCUGGGCCUGCUGCCGCCAACGGAUAUCCGAUUGAGAAGCCCGGUGCUGGCGCCGGUACCCCUACUUCUGCCGCUGCCAUCGGUGGAGCCGCUAGUGCUGUUGCUGGACAACAUCCAGCAACAAACAAUCAGUCUCACCCAGCUGUUGUCUCUGGUGCUUCCCCGGUCUCGUCAAUCUCUUCACAUGAACACCCUGCGUUUGCCAAUGACCCUCGCCAGCAACAGAGUAUGGGACAGUCACCGCAGAGUACAGUUGCCAACGAUCAUCCUAUAUUCCAACAAACUGUGCAGGUAAAUUCACCUGCACCUUCUGGACCUUCUGGACCCACGCCAUCAUCACCUCCUCCCCUUCCUGAAGGCUGGAUUGCACACAUGGAUCCAAAUUCGGGCCAAUAUUACUACAUCCAUCUACCCUCUCAGUCGACUCAGUGGGAGUUCCCCAAGGGUCCUACGCCACUGAAUCUGAAUGAAACGCCCCUGUCUCCUAUCGGUAGUGUUUAUAGCAGCCAUCCUCUGACAUCUCCCGGGUUUUCAGCCUUUGGUAAGUCCAUGGCGUCUCCAGGUAUCCCACUUACCCCAGGCUUUGAGAGUCUCCAGUCUCCCAUGAUGGGGGGCUUUUCGGGACCUCCGCCCAGCAGUGGGAUGGACCUCUACAAAACUGCACCGACAAACGGUGUGUACUUUGGCCCAUACCUAAGAUAUACAAACAUGGAUCUCGAACGCGGACUAUGGCUGGGCUCUAUUCUUCUGGUGACAGACGCCGCACAACCACCUACAAUCCACCUCCACCAGAGUGUCGAUUUGUCGCCUAAUCCGAGACAGCUCAAAGCAACAAAUAUUGCAGCCCAUCAACGGUGGACCUUUUACAGGUACGAGGUUUCUUUGCAGAUGGAUGAUGCUGGUCCUGCCAAAUGGACUUAUGCUAUUACCUCGCACCUCGGCUGUACUCGCUAUGAGUUUCUUGUUGCAGGACGGCGUGAGACGAAUUGGCGAUUUAUUGCAACAUCUGGCAAUGAUUUCUCUAUCAAUGUCAACGCUAACGAGCGUGCACGUCUCGGCGGUGUGGGUCUUAUGUGGAAGGAUAUCAUGCAGAAACACAAUGAGAUUGGAGGAUUCCACGCGCAACUCUGUCUCGGAGGCCAAAUCUACGCUGAUCGAAUGUGGAAGGAAAUUGCUUGUCUCAAACAGUGGCUGGCUAUCAGUGGGAAAGAAGCUAGGAAAAAUGCUCCCUGGACCGCUGCAAAUCAACAGGAUGUCUCCCAUGCUUAUUUCCAUUACUAUACCAGCCACUUUGACCAGCCAUACUUGAGAGAGUCAUUUGCGCAAAUCCCCUACAUCUGCCAGAUUGAUGAUCACGAUAUCUUCGAUGGCUUCGGCUCAUAUCCUGAGCAUAUGCAGUUCUCCAAUAUGUUCAAGAAUAUCGGCCGGAUAGGUAUUGAGAUGUAUCUUCUCUUCCAACACCACACCACUCUGGACAUUCUCCGCAAUGUCAAUAAUGACACAGAUCUCUUUACCAUCACCGGAACUGGCUGGCAUUUCGUCAAGUACCUUGGUCCCGGCGUGGUGGUUGUUGGCCCUGACUGUCGCUCUGAACGUAACCCCCAUCAAGUCAUGGCCGGUCCCACAUACCAGGGUAUAUUCCCAAAGGUUGCAAUGCUACCGCCCAGUGUUCAGCACUGUCUAUGGAUGGUAUCUGUGCCUCUCAUCUACCCUCGACUGGAGACGGCAGAGCACAUCGCAAACACCGUUGCCACGGGCAAAAGAGCCGUGACUGGGGCUUAUAAUGUUCUAGGCAAAGUAACUAGCUCAGUUGCCGGUGUUGUUGGAGCAAAGGAGUUUGUAGGCUCCGGCUUCGACUCUGUUAAGCGUGCUGUGGGAAAGUCCGGACUGAUGGGUAGCAUUUUGAGUCCAUUUGGAGAGUUUGACCUAAUGGACGAGCUGCGCGAUCAAUGGACGCAUGAAUCAAAGGACCUUGAACGGACCUACCUUAUUCGCACACUGCAAGGCAUCGCUCACCAGAAGUCUCUCCGGAUGACUUUUCUUUCAGGCGCCGUCGGCGUCUGCGGUGCUGGUCUUGUCCACGACCCUGCUCAACCCUCCGAUCACAAGACCAUGUACCAGCUCAUUGCCUCUCCUGUCGUCAACACCCCGCCACCGUCCUAUGUCCUUAAACUUCUCCAUAGCAGUAGCAAACCCCUCUAUGUCCCUGCCAACGGUCACCGUUCCUCGUCGCAGCCUACUGACACUAAAGAAGAUAUGAUGGAGAUCUUCCAGACUGAUGUUACCGGCCAGGCCCGUGAACAUCGGAAACUGAUGGCUCGGAGAAACUAUGUCGCUAUCGUCGCUUAUGACCCUGAAAUUGUCUCUGCCAAUCCCUACGGUCAACCGGCUCAGGGGAGCAAGCUUAGCUUGGCUGCUGAUUUCAUGGUGCAGGGCGAAGGUGCAUAUGCAACUGUGGUCAAAUAUGGUCCUGUCGUUGUGCCAAGUCUUGAGCCUGGACAUUGA